AUGGUGAACAAGGAAAACAUCAUACGUGCCACACAUAACCCCAGCAGAACGGGCAUGUUAGCAGGAGGCGUGGUCGUCGGCAUCUUGCACAGCCAGUGUCGCAUUACCACAGGUACGGCUCAGACUCCUAACCUGGACAAACAAACAGGUGGCAGGAGGACGGCUCGAGCUACUCAAAAACACCGGAACUGGUUGUACAAGAUGAGAGGACGGUACAAACGAAAGGACCCGGCAGAUGAAAGGGCCGACAGCGGAUCCGGGCUCGCUCCGGUGCCAGGGGAAGCCGCGGCUGGCUUAGCUGAGCCGCACGCACCUGUUUCCGGUUUUAAUGCCAAAGAUGUGGACGCUAGUAAAAAAGGAACAAGAUGUUCCAUUUAUGAUGGUGAGAAGGUCUACCUUGGAGUCCGAGUCAAAAUGCCAGUCAAGGAUCUUCUGAGAAACAUUCGCUUAGCAAAGGGCUGGGAUCCUCAAGAUUCUCAGGAGCUCCACGGCAAAAAUGUCAAAGGAGACAAGAAACGAGUCAAAACUCGUGCAGGACGCCGAACUACCAAGAGAAAACGCCCCUCUAAAAGCCUGGAGGAGCUGGCAAUCAUCGUUGAGGUGCUGGAGGAGGAUCUCAGGACCGGCAACAACUACCCCUCCCUUUCCCCGUCUUUGUGCUCCUCCCACCUUUCUAUGUCUCCUGAGUGGUCUCCAAAUGGGUACAACAGCGAUGAGUCCGAUGAAAUGAUCCCCAGCCCUCAGUCCUACAUGACCUACUCACCAGGCACAGCAGAGUACCACCAGGCCCCGUCCCCUCCUGGUUUCAUGCACAACAGCAUCCAGCUGUCCAGUGAGGGAAACAAUGGAAGAGAUAGUGGUAGAGAGGAGGAGUGGUUUGAUCACCAGAACCACGACUGGAACCUGAACAGCGCUGCCUUUUUCUGGACACAGCUGCAGAAAGAGGAGAGCCAGCUGAGGCACAUCUCUGAUGCUGUAUUGCUGACCACCGAUGGACAAGGCAGGACAGCGCUCCAUAAAGUGGCAUGUAUUGGGAAGAGGGCACUGGGCUACGGCAUCGCAAAAAGGAUGGCUGCUCUCAACAGCCUGGACCUCAGAGACUCUGAUGGAAUGACUGCCCUCCUCCAUGCAGCAAAGCAUAACCACCAUCUGAUGGUAGCAGAUCUGAUCCGUUUGGGGGCUGACGUCAAUGCCACAGACAACUCGGGAAAGUCUUGCCUCCACCUCAGUGCUGAGAAAGGCUACGUCAGAGUUCUGGAGGUUCUAAAACACGCGCUGAUGGAUGGUGUGUAUGUUGACGUUGAAGCCACUGAUAAUUCGGGGAUGAGUGUCCUCCAGUGUGCCUCAUUGGCUCUGAAAGUCACGGUACGUGAGCUGGAAAGCAGUAAAUCCCCCAAUCAAACCAGACUCCACACACUGCGCCAGGAGCAGAUGAUGGAGACCCUGGAGUGUCUGCUGCAGAUGGGCAGCUACCUUCAUACCAUGGGGAGCCACAGUAUGCACCCUAUGAUCGGUUGACCAGCCGGCACACCUGCCCGGCAGGGCUUUUUGGAGACCCGACAGUAAUGUUCUGAGUUGGUUCAGGCUUGAAUUUGUCUUAGAGAGAGAAGAACCUCAUUGCUGCUCUUUCUCCAAGCAUGAGUUUAGGCCUGUUAUGUAAAGCAUCUAAGGUUUUGUGUGAGGUAAAAAUGCCUGACUUGCAAUCAGGUAUUUUUUGUAACCUGCACAGAAACAUUAGGUGCCCAUAAGUUGGUUUCUGUGAAACUUCCAUUGUUUGUUACGUAGGAGUAACAAGUUGUCCUCAAUAAUGUGUCUGAGGAGAUCCACAUGUAAAAUCCUAUGUGCUUUUUCAUGACAGUUUUAAGGGUCCAGUAGUGUCAAAGUAUGGACACCUUAUACAAAUCAUUGCAGCAGGAAGGAAAAGUACCCUGAAGCAAAAACUUAAGUAAUAAUAAUAGGGUAACAGUGCCACAGUUAGUUAUUAAUUACUGUAUCCAUUCCAAUUACUGGGUCAAUAAAGACUUUUCUAUAGUUGUUUUUCAAUAGCCAGUCAAUCUAUAUGUGGUUAAAGAUUAUUCUUCCAUAAGAACAGGAAUUUACAUGUUACAUCUUUUAAAGGACUUAUAUUUGAGGACAUUAAGUUUUAGCGUUAUACGGUCAUGGGUAUACUUAUAUACUUUAAUAUACUUUCAUUUGCUUGCCUUCACAUCUCAAACACAGUUUUUAGCCUGCCGUGUGUGUGGAGUUUUUGUUCUCUUAGAACCUCUAAGUUUUUGUACUUUGGACAUGGUCUACACAUGAAAAGGAUACUUUGUCAAAUGUAACGUAAUGUGGUCUAUUUUUGACCUGUUUUAAAGCACUCGGGCAUUUUGGUAAAUACACGUAUUAGUUUGCUUUCUUUCUGAGUUCAAGAUGUAUAAUCAGUUAAACAGUUUUAUCCCUUUGUGUUCUACAGAGAAGCAUUCAGAAUGUGUUUUAGCCUAGCUAGUUUAGCUCAGUGGUUGCAGGGGAAGGACCUAACAAUUCUCUGACGUACGGCCAAUUCCUCUUGGCUUGGUCUUUACCCUGCAUUCAGUCUGCUAUAUAUGUAUAGCUAUAUAUAUUUUUUUUUUUCAAGGACCUCAUGUUUUUGGUUUUUGUUAUAUUGUGUGUCAAUGUCUUGGUUAAACUUUUCUCAGGUGAAAAUGGUAGUAAAAUAGUUUUGUUAUGAAACAACACAUUUAUAGACAGACUUCAGGAGUAUAUUAUACUAUUGAUUUGGAUUCGAUUAUUUUGAGGUGGCAGAUGGUCAGUAUGGCUAGUAUGACAAUUAUUGACUUUGAACAAAGCACAGAAACAUAUAGCGCUUCACUAGUGGGAAAACUGGUUUAUAUGUACAUUUAUAAUCAAUAUCUACUGAUUUAAGAGAGCGACUGAGUUGUGUGAGUAGCCUUCUAAAAAAUAAUCAACAACGUAUUUACUGUUGUUCAUUUACAAUGUCUUACAUAUUGCUGGGGAACUAUGUUACAAGGGAGAAUUUAUAUCAACACUGUGAAAGAGGAAUUAAUCACUUGGGUGGUGAUCUUACAUGCAUGUCAAAGUUUAUCAAUCUGUAAGUGGAUAAUGGAAAAGCCUUUAGUGUGAGACGAAGGUUACAAAGCUGUCUUUGUUUUGUGAUUUGUUUUAAUGUAUACUGAGAUGUUGGGGAUGCUGGUUGUGUUUGUAUUUGAGUAUUUUCUAUUUUAAAAACUGAAAAUGAAAGAAAAGUAUGGAUUUACUGUAGAAGGCUCAUAAGGACUCCUUGUGUCAAACAGAUGUCAGUAAUGUUACCAUCAGGUUUGAUAAAAAUGGCAAUAACUAAAAUUCACAAUUGUGUUACAUAUUAGGGUUGGGUGAUCUGUUAACAUUUUCCAACCUGCCACCAUCAGCCCAGCAACAGCCGAUAGCUGAUGUAUUAGUACUACUGUACUAGUACUGAUCUUCACAGAUUAAUGGGUUAGGAGAGGUAUCAGCUAGUACUGGUGGCUUGCACUUUUUAACACAAAUGUAAAUUUAUUUGGCUUUGCUCUUAACAAAUGGAAUUUCACUUGUGAUGUAACAAACAUCAAAUUGCAUAUUAGGACUAUUAAGUAAAAAAUAAUAUGGAGGGGGGAGGUAAUAUUCACAGAAAAAAGUCAUUUCGAGAAAUAAAAUCUCAAAAAAACGCAUCUCUAGUUCCAUGUCAGUGGCUGCUUCUUAAUAUAAUAGGAUAUUUUAGUGCCAAAACUUACUGCCUAUGAAUGUGGUGUUUUAAUAUGUUAUUACUUAGACAAACUUAACUCUGACUUCCAGAGUUUACAAAACUUGAUUUUUGCAAAUUUCUUUUUCUCAUAAAUUUUUUGUAGAAUUUCUUCGUUUUUAUUGGAAAAUUUAUAACCUCAUAUAAUAUUCAGAUUUUUUUUCCUCUUAAAUGUACAACUUUAAUCACAGAAUUUUUCCCAGAAUAUUACCCCCUCCCCCUUUUGUUAUUUAAUUGUUUUGUUGUCUUAAUAUGCCAUCGUACAAACAUACUUACACAAAGACAGCAUUUAUUGCCAAUAUAUAUAUAUUUUUAUAUUUUUUUUGCAGUGUAUGGUAGUUAUCCAUCAGGUUAUUGUGACAGACCAAAUAUAAUUCAUAAAAGCUAAAUAUGGUUAACACUGGUAGUGGGUAUAAGCCAUGCUUCUGUAAUAAUUUGUGCAUUUUCAUCUUUCUGAGUUAAAUCAAUAAACUUUUGUGCUAACUAA